AUGUUAGAUAAAGUAUAUAUACAUAUCAAAAAUCAUAUUAAUAUUAGAUUGCAGUUUGUAAAAAUUGGGAUAGCAAUAAUAUUCAAAGUAUGUGAUAUAAUGUCAACUUUAGAAGAUGUUUUUAUUCCAUCUAUAGGAUUACCCAAUAAACGUCCCGUUACAUGUACAUCACAAUGUUCCACAUCUUCUUCAUCAUACAAUAGUUGGCAAGAUUUUUCUGACUCAGGAUCAGAUCAUAUUGAAAUUAAUGGUGAUGAUAAUGAUAUUUAUGAUUCAAAAGAACCAUUACUUUUAGUUCCAGCAAAUGAUAGAUUAUCUAAAACAUUAUGUGCAUUAAAAGGUAUAAAAAUUGAUUUAAAAAAUGCUAUAUUAGUUAGGAGUAAAAAUAAUGAUAAAAAGAAAAAAGAAUCAAGUUUACUUUAUCCAGAUGAUAAAUUAAAGUGUUUUAUUGCUAUAAUUAUGCUUAUAUUAGCAGCAUUUUGUAAUGAUCUAACAUUAUCAUUUGUUCAUGAAAAAGUUCCACAUUCUAAACCAUUACCAGAUAUCAUUUUUGAUAAUACACAAUAUAAUGGAAAUUACUUAAAAUAUUCUGAAUAUUUAAUGUUAACAUUAUUUAUAAUAAUGUGGGGUGUAAUAUUAUGUCAUCAACAUCGUUUUAUAAUAAUUAGACGUGUAGGUACAAUUGGUUCAUUAUUAUAUUAUGGAAGAUGUAUAACGAUGCUUGUAACACAAUUACCUGUUGCAGAUUCAAAUUAUAAAUGUUCACCAAAAUUAGAUAUACAAGAUAAAACAUUUUAUAAUAUUUUUAUGAGAGCAUUAUCAAUAUUUAGUGGUGCUGGAUUGACAAUAAAUAAUAAAUUACCAUUAUGUGGUGAUUAUAUAUAUAGUGGACAUACAAUUGUUUUUGUUAUCACAUGUCUUUUUAUUACAGAAUAUAGUCCCAAGAGAUGGAGAUUACUACAUUUAUCUUCAAUAAUAAUUGCAAUUAUUGGUGUAUCAUUAUUACUCAUAUCUCGUGGACAUUAUACAAUUGAUGUCGUUAUAUCAUAUUGGAUAACAACAAGAAUAUUUUGGGAAUAUCAUACAUUAGCAGCAAAUCCAACACUUCGUAAUAACACAUCACGUCAUAAUCACAUGAGAAAAUUCUUAUGGUUUCCAUUAUGUCGUUUUAUGGAAAAUUCAAUGCAAAAACCUAUUCCAAAUAAGUAUUUUUUUGACUAA